AUGAAAAAUCAGACCGUAUUGUCAGAGUUUCUGUUAAUAGGAUUUUCAAGCCUUCACCAGUUCCAGUUUUAUCUCUUCAUGAGUUUCCUCCUCAUCUACCUGAUGACUCUGACAUGGAACCUUCUCAUCUUUCUCCUGAUCAUCACAGACUCUCACCUCUACACCCCCAUGUACUUCUUCCUCGGUAACCUGGCAUUUAUAGACAUCUGCUGCUCCUCAGUCACUACCCCGCGGAUGAUUUUUGACUUAAAAACACAAAGUUUGAAGAUUUCUAUGUUGGAAUGUUGUAUUCAGUGUUCUGCAUUCACCUUUCUAGUGUCUACUGAAGCGCUCCUGCUGGGUGUGAUGUCCUGUGACCGAUAUGCUGCUAUCUGUCAUCCUCUACGUUAUAUGACAAUUAUGCAUUGGAAUAUGUGUGUCAGGCUGGCUUCAGUCGUAUGGAAUGUUGGUCUUAUUUAUGGGGUUUUUCAUGCACUUUAUAUUUUCACACUUAAAUAUUGUGACUCAAACAUAAUACACAGUUUCUUCUGUGACCUGCCCCAGUUGCUUCUUAUCUCUUGUGGUGAUAACUCUAUCUAUAACUUUCUCAUUUUCUCCUUAGAAGGACUGUAUUCAGUAUUCCCUUUUCUGAUCACUUUUGGCCCUUAUAUAAAUAUAUUAAGAACAGUACUGAGACUUAAAGGCAAGAGCAGCAGAUGGAAAGCAUUUUCUACUUGUACCACCCACUUCUCUGUUGUGUUUUUAUUGUAUGGUUCUGGUUUUAUUAAUUACUUUUCACCAAAGUCAAGUCACUCUCUUGUUGAUAACAAUUUACUCUCUGUAUUUUACACUAUAAUUUCUCCCCUAUUAAAUCCAGUGAUCUAUAGCCUUAGAAACAAAGAGAUCAAAGAUGCACUAAGGAGAACUGCACACAAAAUGAAAUUAUAA